GGCCCCGGCAUGAGGCUGCUGCCUCGAGGGCGCAAGCGUGGGCGGCCGCAAGGGCCUGGGGGCGGGGCCCCGCGGGGGGGGCGGGGCUCGGCCCCGAGCGCCGCCCUGGCCCGUUGGCUGCUGCCGGCGCGGGGAGGCGGAAGAUGGCGGCGGCCGCGGCGGCGCUGCUCUCGGCCUGGUUCUGGAACGAGCGGUUCUGGCUGCCGCACAACGUGACCUGGGCGGACCUGGCGGGGGAGCCGGGCCCGGAGGGCGGCAGCGGCGCCCAGUACCCGCAGGCCGGGCACGUCCUCUCCGCCUUCCCGCUCGCGCUGGGCAUCUUCGCCGUCAGGCUGCUGUUCGAGAGGUUUAUUGCCAAACCAUGUGCCAUAAAGCUUGGCAUUCAAGACAAUGGACCUCACAGAGCUCAGCCCAAUGCAAUUCUAGAGAAAGUGUUUACAUCCAUCACUAAGUGUCCAGAUGGAAGAAGGUUAGAAGGUUUGUCAAAACAGCUAGACUGGGAUGUUCGAAAGAUCCAGCGCUGGUUUCGUCAUCGUAGGAACCAGGACAAACCCACCAUCCUCACUAAGUUUUGUGAGAGCAUGUGGAGGUUUACGUUUUAUUUAAGUAUAUUUUCUUAUGGACUCAAAUUUAUCUGGUCGUCACCGUGGUUUUGGGACACGCGACAAUGCUGGUACAACUACCCUUUUCAGCCCCUAACAUCCAGUCUUUACUAUUAUUAUAUCAUGGAGCUGGCCUUCUAUUGGUCUCUCAUGUUUUCUCAGUUUACAGACAUUAAACGAAAGGAUUUCCUGAUCAUGUUUGUCCAUCACUUGGCUACAAUUGGACUCAUUACAUUUUCCUAUAUGAAUAACAUGGUGCGGGUGGGAACUCUGGUGCUAUGUCUACAUGAUGCCUCAGACUUCCUCUUAGAGGCUGCAAAGCUGGCCAAUUAUGCUAAGUACCAGCGCCUGUGUGAUGCCACCUUCAUGCUCUUUGGUGUUGUGUUCAUAGUCACUCGACUGGGUAUUUACCCUUUCUGGAUCUUGAAUACGACCUUGUUUGAGAGCUGGGAGCUGAUUGGCCCUUAUCCUUCAUGGUGGUUGUUCAAUGGAUUGUUGGUAACCCUGCAGGUUCUGCACAUCAUCUGGUCCUGUCUCAUCAUUCGCAUUGCCUACAAGGCCCUGAUGCGAGGAAAGGUAUCAAAAGAUGAUCGCAGUGAUGUAGAGAGCAGCUCUGAAGAGGAGGACACGACUUCAAAUAGUACAAAAGGAAUCUUCAGCACUUCAAGCAACGGUGCCAAUCGGAUUAAUGGUCAUGUGGCUAGUGCCCAAUGGGCAGAAGAGGAGUAAGGCCAGAGGAGGUCUCCAGCAAACACGGACUUGUCUCUAAAUAUCUAGAUGUGUUGCACUCCACAUUCCUAAGUGAUCUUUGAUCAAGAUACCCCUUUCCUCAAAAAACAUCCAUCAAAUUGGAGAUGGGCACAAUCCAGACCAGUCUAAGGUUUCACACCACAGAAGGGACCGAGCCAAUUACUAGUGCAAAAACAAAGAUGCAAAUUUCACUUUUUAAAGAAAAUAAGCCAUUUUGUAUUUGUCUCCUAGUCCCAUCUCUAAUAUUAUUUGCAGAAGUAUUUUGUGUGUGUGUGUGAGACAAACUGGUUUUUACUAAGAUCAACUCAAGCUUGAAGGGAUGGACAUUGACUGUGGACUGGUUACGGUACCAUUCCAAAAAUGUUUCUUGACCCAGUGCAAGUUCAGUAUGUUUUCCUGAUGCACUCCAGGAUCCAUUUAGAUUGUGUGGUCUAGUAUCACUCAGAUACAUCAUGCUGUAAGCUGCCCAGGCUGUAGCACAGAAGUUUUUUUUAAACCAUUUCUAAAUUAUCAGUCCUGCUGUGACUGUGUUACAGCCAUGCAUUGAAUCAGAUUGUGAUGGACAAAGCGUGUUUUAACUUGCCAUUUGGAUGCUAUGUGCUAAAGAAAUGAUAGUUUAUAAUCUGUGCUGUUAAGAUGGACCAAGUGGUAUUUGCUGCCUAUUGUGGUGCUGAAAUGCCCAUCCAAAGUCUUAAAAAUGUUGCACUCCUGACCCUAAUUUAGAAAACUCACAGCACAUGCAUAUCUGCAACUCAUGUGAAUUUAAAGACUUUUACAGGAGUUAUGGGAUGUGGUUGGUUAUAUUUAUAAGACAGGACAUUAGCCAAAGAUGGAGCAAUGCUGGUGGGUUAUAUUAACUUUCCACACAGGCAGAGGUUGCAGCCCUGCCUGUGUGUUUAAGACAGAAGUGAGCACUGCUGCAGCUGCCUUUCCAGCCCACUGACUUUGGAAAUCAGGACAGCAGAGGCUUCACUUCUUUCUUUACUCAAUGGUACUUCAGGGGCAAUCGAAGACACUUGAGUGUGUCAUAAUCAUGUGCAGGACUUCAGAAAUUUCUUGAGUUAUUUUAUACAAUUGUUUACUCUUAUCUCUGAUUAAAAAAAGCUUCAGAAA